AUGCGCAAAAUAAGUACUGCCGCGUACAAGUACGAUAUGCAACCCAGUGGUAAGAUGUACGAAGCUGGUGCAGUAUGUACACUAGUUAUUAUAAAAGUACCAUAUAUAUACAGUAAAGUAACUCGGGAUUUUGAAAUUUGGAAAGCCCUGGUGCACCCUCGAACACCAGAAUCAGGUGGCGACUGGACUAUCACGGAAGACACGAAUUUCAUCACCCUCAGGCUCAAGGUGGGAGCAAAGACGACCAAGGAUGAACUGGAGGUUGCAGUAACGGACGACCAGGUGCUCCUGGUCAUCAGGUACAAGCAGAAGCAGCAGGGUGACGGCGGCGGCAAAGAAAAAGACGACAGCCCGAAGAGUUCGCUGCCCGUCCAACUGCUGAUGCCUCCCGGCUGCGAUCAUAAGAAGGUGAAUGCGAGGUUGUUUGAAGGGUGGCUGGAGAUUAUUGUCGCCAAGCCUAAGCCCAGUGAGGAGAUAUCAAUCACUCAGUAA